AUGUCUCUGAUUAGUGAUACGGAUUAUCUCAUCCACAGCCUCCGCGUACAAUACCUAAAGCACAUCGACGACCCAUACGGAGCGCGUAUCAUCUCCCUCGACCAGAACUACCACUCGAACCCCUACAUCGAUGCGUCCGGCCUCGCAGAUAUCGAGCGGUGGCCCGAGCUGGGCAUGCCCUCCAGCCCCACUCCCAGCGACGACGAAUCCGCGCCCGCCGUACGACGGAGGCACUCCGGCUUUCCUGGUGCAAACCUGAAGUACACCACGACGAUCCUUGGACCCACCAGGACGGGGGCGAUGGGUCUCAGGGUGAACGGUAAGCGCCAGUCCAUGCCCCGCAAUCCCGGCCGCCUCUCCCUCAGCCGCGAGAAUGCCGGUGGCAAAAGCAGCAACGAGGAGACUCUAAUUACCACUGAGGUCAUUGCCGCCACCCCCACGUCCCCCAUGAAGCCGAGGAGCCCCCGAUCCCCUAUCAAGGACUCCGUUGUUCAGCCACAGAAACAGGACGCUCAGGAUGGCUCGGCCCCGCCCGUUCCCGCCAAGGGCCCCGUGCUUAUGUUCAUCCCGAAAUUCAGGGGGGCAGAAGAGAUGGCGGCGCGGAGGCGACAGCGGAUGGCGGCGCGAGCGAACGGACCGGGCAUGGUUCGGGCACCCAUGGUCGCCAUGCCCAUCAACCCGGAGUUCUCGUCCUCGUCUUCUUCUGAGCCGGAAGCGGAGUCGGAGGACGAAGUUGCGGCGGACGAAGACGAGGAGGAGUUUGACAUGGUCGCGGACGCGGACGAUGCGGUAGAGGUGGACGAGUUCGAUCCCGAGUUCGCCGCAAGUCGUGCAGCUGUGAACUCGGACAGUGCCUCGGAGACUGGAUCCAUCCUCUCAGGCGCAUCCGUCGGUUCCUCAGUGCUCAAUUCUUCAGUACCCCCGAGUACAAGUGCACGCGCCUCCCGUCUCAGCCCCGUCCGCGAAGGCGGCGAGCGGCCGUCAGUCUCACCGGAGCACGAUGACGGGAAGCUGGACGCCAUGUUCGAGAUGGUCACCCCGGCACCAAGCACCGCUGCCAACAGUAGGACACAGACCCCCGCUCCUGCCCCCUCCGCCACGGCUAACACACCUGCCGGAAUGUUCGAACGACGCCCUGUCCCGCCAGCCCGCGCGGGUGUUUCUGCCCUCACCGCCAUGCUCGCAUCCACUUCCAGCUCGUCUUCCUCCAACCCGUUCACGGAGCUGUACAGCGCAAUAUCUGGACGGCCAGAGACCGACAGUAUGAUCGUCCGUGUCUUCUUCCCGAUGGCUCGCAAACCCAAGGACCAAGCGCUUGAGCUCAGUGUCAAGAAGGACGCCACGGUGGAAGAGGUGCUUGGGUACGCGCUCUGGACGUAUUGGGAAGAGAGCUGGUUGCCCCAGAUCGACGAGGGGUUGAGUGGAGAGGAGGACCCCAAGUGGGACAUACGUUGCUCUGCAAGUGGCUGGAUCUUGCGUAUCGCAGAAGAGGAUGGUGAAGUCGACGAAGAUUGGCCUCCCCCUGAACGCAUGCGCAAGAUCUCGAACUUCAACUUUGAGGCAUACGCCGUCGUCGAAGCCACUCCAUCACAAAUUCAGCAGAAUAAGAUUCUCGAGGCGAAGAUACAGCGACGUAUCUCGCGCGUGGUUGUCAAGAAGAAGUCGACAGGUUUGCUCACCCAGGCCGCUCCAUCCACAAACCUCGUUCCACCGGCAGACCUGUUGGGCAUCUCAAGCAGCGCGUUCGGCUCCAUGGGCUCAUCAGUGGGGCUGUCGAGCUCGUUGGGUCCUUCUUCGAGCUCGGGUCCUCCGCUCUUCCUCCGUAUCCGCAUCGCGGGUUCUGCCGACGAGCCAGGCCACGUCUCUACCACGAUCCAAGCCUCUGGCGGCAUGUACAUGCAAGAGGUGUUAGAAUUAGUCUGUCAGAACCAGAAACGCGGCUUCACCGAUCCGAAGGAGUACGCGCUCGUGAUCGAGACCAAAGAGGCCAAAGUGAACAUCCCACUCGACCGAACGGUCAGGAGUCUUCAAGGGAGACGCGACCUCAUCCUUAUGAAGAAGAACCUGCUUCACGAGUACGGUGUGGAAAUGCGUGAGCGCAAGGCCACCAACGAUCCAAACGCGUCGAUCUUUACUACCGAUGUCUCCAUUCAAGAGCAGACUCUCAGCAGCAUGCUCGAUCUCAUGCAGGCCUACAGGAAAUACACCGUGUAUCGCAAGUUGCCGAUGAUGGUAACGCGUAGUGCCCGUGUACUCACGAUCGACGGAGGAUACAUUCACGUUCGUAUCAUCCCAGGCGCCACGAAGGCGAAGCACGUCUUCGACAGCGGCAAGACAUCAUCUUAUCACCUCAAGAGCGUCGUUGCGUGCCAACAGUCGAGCAAAAAUGCUGCGACUUUCAAGCUCGUCGUGCACAGCGGCGCAGAGCGCAACAAGCGUUACGAGUUCGAGGCGGAGAACCCGAAGAUUGCCAACGAGAUUGUUUCCACAAUUCGUGCAUUGAAGGCCGCUAUGGAGAAGCCCGGAGGCGGAAAAGCGUCGAGGAGAAAUACUCGUAUAGGACCCUCUUCGCGCCCGCCAGGUGUAUGA